ACUUGAGCGGAGGGCGCAGAAUGAAAGCGGACCGAGUUCGUGAUAGUAAAUACAAGCAGAGUGAAGACAGAGUAAAAGAGCUCUGACACAAAAAGCGGAAUAAAAACAGCACUGACACACACAUUCAAGCACUGGCGGGUGGUUUUGCUGACUCCGCUGAUGGAUGAUGAGGAGGACGAACAGCUUCCUCACUGCUGUGAAACACCGCUAAGAAACAAUAGCUCAGAGAACAGAGACGGGAGAGGUGGAGAGGUGGGACAAACAGCUAACAGACACGGACGCUUUAAAGACAGAUCAACACAGACUACCAGCUCUGUGCUUAAUUCAGCGAGAGACGGAGAUAUGGCACCAUUCCAGGGUUUAGAGAGAGAUGCAUCAUCUGCCUGCAGAGCUGUGGAUGCCAGGACUGCAUUUGGGGCUAACUGUGGAGCCAGGGGCCUUGCAUCACUCACUAUUGCCCCUGGGGCCCCAGAAGGGCCUAGAGCACUUUUUCAUGGAAAUGCUGGAUUUCGUGCACACUUCCCUGCACUGUUUGAACCCGUCUUGGAUGGCACACAAAACGCAGAAGAGGACGAAGGGAGACCAGAAGAAAAGGAAGACGAACGGGACAUUGGAAUUAGUGUGGAGAUUCAGAUUGGACGUAAACUGCGUGAAAUGGGGGAUCAGUUUCAGCAGGAUCAUCUUCAGCUGUUCACUCAAAGGGGCCAGAUGGGUUUGUUCGAGCUAGUGACGACGUUCUACAACUUCCUUUUUCCUCGUGAAACACCCCAAAAUGCAAGAGCCCAGAGAUGAGAGGCCAUGGCACACGCGUUCGGGAUCCAAAUGAGAUUUACACAGCACUGUAAGAU